AAUGGCUGCCACUCGACGGCUUUCUUGCUCCCCGAGAAUAAAAGACGACAUUGGAGGGUCAACGAUGCCCCAAUCAUCGCUUUGAGGCCGCUGUUACCCCCGGUGAGACAGAAGAGGCAGAUUAAGCUGCUUCCGUGGCCUUGCUGCUCUCCCACAAUGCAUUUCCUGAGAUUGUUGUGAUCUCAGACAGACCUAUGUAAACUGUUGCUGCCAUUCCAGCUAGCCCAAAUCCAAGCAACAAAUCAGGAAGGUCCUGCCCUGCGCAAGCUUGUUCAUUGUCUUACUGCAAUCAUGUCUGGUUCUGGUGAAUUACCUGCCCUAGAGGGUUCUGGGAUGGGGGGAAUGAAACUUCCCAUCGGAAUGACUCGUCGUGCCAUCAGCUACGACGAUAACCUGGAGGCCCCCAUGUCCACCCCGCCCCAUGACAUCAGCAUCAACAACCUGUGGAGGCGGCCCGUCAUCCCUGCCAGGAAGUUCUCACAGCUGGCUGAGGAGGACGAUAAUGGUGCUGUCAAGCAGUCUACGUCGCAGGACAGCGUCUCCUCCAAGUCAGCAGCUGUAGUGAAGACCAAGGCUUCCUCAAUCAUCAUGAAUUCUCUUAUCACCAAACAAACUCAGGAAAGUGUGUACAAGUUUGAGCAGACAGCAGGACUCACUGAUACCGGCUACACCCCCCACAAAGGCCUCACUGCUGAGGAGACGAGACACCACCAUCGCGUGCCUGAAUCUCUUCAGAAACUCCAGAUCCAGAGCAUGGAGGUCAGAGAAGAGAAGCCCUCUUCGGCCCAGUCCACUCCAUCAAACACCCCACACAGCUCUCCUAAACAACAGCGCAGGGGCUGGUUUGGCAGUACAGGUUCAGAGGUCAGCCUGAGCUCCUCAAACAGCAGUGUGGACAUGGGUGGAGACCCGAUGGCAGGAGGACUGGGUGUUUCGGUGGAGCGGUGGGGUGUGUUCGGUCCUCGGCCCCGCACCCAGAGUUCAGCAUCUGAUCUAGGACCCGAUGGCACAGCUGCAGCCGGCUUUGCACUGCAGGCGUACCGUGGAGCCCAGAAGCCGACCCCCAUGGAAGUGAUGAAGUCACAGGCCACACGACUGGCUGAAAACCCUCAGAAGGCAUUCCCGCCCAUGGAGAUCCCCACAGUGGAGGGCCGCCGGCAGGGAGCGCGACCACACAAGCUCAAACACCGCGACAUGAACGUCCUGACGCCCUCCGGCUUCUAAGAGGAACCCUGGCGACGGCCGUCAGACACUGAAGGUCCUGAGAAGUGAAAAAUCUUCUCUGCUUGCUGUUAACACUUCACAUUUGUUGACUUGUCAUCCAACCUCUCCAUAAAUAAUGGUCCAUCCCUGUCCAAAGCCGAUAAGUUUGGUUUAUCGUGGUGUAGGACUCAUUUUCAUUCACAGAGAAGAUGGAAGGGAAACCUUCAGCUAACUUCCACCAUCCUUGGUCAAGUUUAAACCACUAUUAUCCUCUGUAGCGGUACACACAUUAUUUAUUUGUCUAAAAAGGAUAAGUGAACUUUGCAGUAUAGCUGGACUUUUGCACAGUUGAGAUCAGAAUUAAAACGAUGAAGGAAUCCAUCCCGACAUGUGCCAAGUUCUCAGACUAAAGCCAGAACACAAACAUUCAGAUCAAUCACUUCCCUGAGAAAAGACAAAAAACCCAGCCCCUCCUCACAGAUCCACUUUUGGACACCUGAUUGAUUGGAGCUCGUUAGUGUUGCUGAUUAACAGAUGCUUCGUCUGAAGUUUUUCUUGAAAGUGCCUGCCAUUUUCACACACCUUCCAAACCAUUUCCUGCAUCCUACUAGAGGUUAUUGCCCAUCCUUCAACUUUACGUCUUUAAUAUGGUUAUGCUUUAGAUAAUCUAAAUAAAGCAGAUUAUCUAAAUCUUUGUAAACUUUUGGCCUGUUUGCAACCUCUGUUAUCAUCUGGUAGUUAAUUGUCCCUCUGGACCAUCGGUAUCCGUUUGUUCCCGUAAGUUAUUGCUUGAAUGACGAAAACUCCCAAAACAGUUUUAACCAACUUUCAUCAGCAGAAUUUACAUAUUUGUCGGGUAAAAUAGAGCAUUUCUCAACUGACUCCCUCACCAACACUUGUGAUGAUUCCUCCCCUGUGGUGUUUUUAAGGUGAGCCGCUAGUCUCCAGUUCUCUUAAAUGGUGUAGCCACUCGGUGUAACUGUUGUGCUGUUAACUUGUUAACCAGGACGUCUGUAAAAGCAUGCCGCUUUGCUCUCAUAUUCAUCUCUAAACGUUUCUCCUUCCGCUUGUUGAUUUGCAGAAGUCCGCUCACCAGUCCUGAUGAAAAUAGCGGCUUCCUUACGGACGCAUUUGCUCAUCUGAUGGUGCAGAUGAUUGUGUUCUCCAUUUAAAAUGAUCCCAUAUAAAUGCACUUUAUCCUCACCACAAUCUCCCGCUCAGUUCUACAACUCUGCUGAGAUCGUAGCGUGUCACACAGCCAUCCAAAAUCCAUCACAAAAUUUCCCAAAAAACCGAGAUACUUGUAUCCUGCUGGUCUCAAAAAUCUCUCAUUUCUCUUCGAAAGAGAAUAUUUCACUGGAGCAGGAUGAGACUAAGCAACGAAACCAACAGAACAAAGAUAUCGUAUAUUGUAAAAAUGUUUCUCAGGAAAAUUGGCAGGCUCCUGCUCACUGAAACGUUCCCUUUCUUUUUAAUUUUUUAAUUUUUUUUUUUUUUUUUUUUUUACUGUUAACACAUUUCAUUCCAUCUCGAGAUCAAGAGACAGCAAGUAAAAAAAAAAAGGUCCUUUUGCGUGUUUGUGUGUGUACAUAAGUGUGAGCUACCAAGAUGUUUAUUCUGACAUGCUUUUUAUGGUUUUUCGAUCACUGAAACUGACCAAAAUAGAAAAACAAAAUAUUAAAUAGAAGGGAUGUCUUUCAGUAUUUAAACUAACUUGAACUCAUUUUUUUUUUCUUUGUUUGAAGGAUUCUGGUUCUCACAAGUUGUGAAACUCAACGUUGUCUAGAUGUGUGUCAACUGAAAUCAAAUGUUUUGCGAAUUCAGCUGCGUCUUGCAGAAACCUUUUGUUGCUCUGAAAGAAUGAGACUUUUUGACACUUCUGCACCCAUUAAAAACAACAAUAUGUAGGAUUAUAAUUUAAGAGGUGCGUCUAAUAUUCUCCCCUGUUACAAAUGUGUCACGCAUUCCUAGAGACCUAGUUUACACAUUACUGAUUUAAAUGCAAGGUUUCCUCAAGAUCAUUUGUGAAAAGCUUCAUAGAUAAACACAUACUUCACUGUUCAACGAAAUGCAGCUCAUAGUUACUGUUUUGCACUGAUGAAGUGGAACCAUCUAUUUCCUGGUCAUAGAUGUAUGUUAUGUGAUGCAACAACAGCAAAUCAUUAUUGUUAUUAUUAUCAUCCUUAUUAUUAUUAUUAUUACUCCAGCCGUAGCUCUGCUGUGGUGAUUGUCUGAAGUCUUUGAUUCCUUUGUAAAACAAAUCUGAAGCUGGACGCAGAGGAAAAGGCACUCUGCCAUCACCAAUGUAGACAGUAGCUGUAACUGGUUGAAUUUAGUGUUCAGUGUGACACUUGUCCCUUUAAAACUGACUGAAACCUCAGUUAAAUUACCCGUCUGUAACCAUAACUGUUGUACUGACUGUUAACCAUGUUUUUCCCAUGUGAUGAUUUAAGAGUAUUUUAUUUGAUUUAUUGUUCGUGUACAGUUUAGUUUUCUUUACCAACAUGAUUUGAGAAUAAAUGUUAACAUUCUCAUGAAAAAAAC